AUGUCAUCAUCGAAAAUAAUUGAUGUUCUAAAACCGUUCGAUUAUGAUGAAUAUCCUGAACGGUAUAAAUUAACGAGUGUAGUUAUUGUAUCAGAUACGCAUAGAGAUCAUGAAAUGAUGAAUAUUCCGGAUGGUGAUAUUUUCCUACAUUGUGGAGACUUUACAAAGAAAGGUGAUUGGCGACAUUUAACAAAUGGUCAGAUUCCACAAUCUUUAAUAGAUUUCAACGUUUGGUUGGGACGAUUGAGACAUGCACAUAAAAUUGUUAUUUGUGGGAAUCAUGAACGUGGUUUUGAAAAUUUUUCAAAAGAAGAAAUUCAAUCGAAACUAUUAACUAAUUGUACAUAUUUAGACAAUGAAUUAAUUCAAGUCGAAGGUAUAACAAUUUAUGGUUCUCCGUACCCAUUCAAUGAAGAUUAUCGAGCAAAAUGGUCAUCAAUUCCUUCGGAUAUUGAUAUAUUAAUGACACAUAUCCCUCCAAAAUUUAUAUUAGAUUUAGCAUUUCAACCAAAAAAAGCUGUUUCAACAGACCCUUGUCCAAUAUGUGACGAUGCAGUGCAUGGUUACUAUGGUCAUUGGGGUUCACGAAGUUUAAUAAAAGAAAUUCGUCGAAGGAUUCAACCUCGAAUUCAUUGUUUCGGACAUGUUCAUGAUGAUCAGGGCUAUAAAUAUGAUCAGCACGAAAAUGGAACACUAUUUAUUAAUGCAGCGGCGUAUUUAACAAGACAAGCUUUUAAAUUGAACUUUUACCGAAAUUUACGAAAUUAUUAA